CGAGGAUCAUUUUUUCCCAUUUCCAGUCUAUUGCCAGGAUCGUCAGGAUACACCGAAAGUUCGGAAUGCCGAUUCAGGCUUGCCGAUUGUUGUGGUAAAGUCGCUCCAUAUGUUGAGUUUCUCCAUUUUGCAAAGAAAAAGAUCGUAGUUUUUUUGGAAAACCUCAACGACAAGAACGUCCCUUACAUCCGCUAUUUAUUUUUAUGCUUAUUUUUGAAACAUGAAGCAACUCGGAGUCGGAGGUAACGGUCCAACAAGUGAGGCUCCCACUGUAGCCGCAACACAACGACGGCAUGGCGUGCGUCCGCUUCAGGUGAGACGCCGGAACAAAAGCCACAAAGUCGUCGGAGGACCUGCAGGUCGUCGGCAUAAUCAGGUUCAGGGAAAGAUGAGGGACGACUGGCCGCACGAACGUCGCUUUUGCUUCGCAGUCUCGGGACGAAGAAUUAUUGAAAUGCUGCUUUUUUCCGCGUUCUUUAUCUUCCACGGCAUGCAGACCGGACAAGCUGUUCGCGUUCAAGCGGGUUUUCCUGUUAGAAGCGCUGGCCGCACCGUACCGAUGCAAGACGUCGAGCGUGUAGAAGAUAAAGCGGAACCAGGUGGAAAAUCGGAGACCGCACCAGUCGUAGACCCCUCGGAUAGAAGCAACCUUAGUUCCUCCACGACACCAGAGUCUGAGUCAGAUUUGCGGCGACCCAGAAGUGCCUCCAGCUCCCCGUGCGCCCCCGCCGAUCAAGAUCAUCUUCCUCUUCGACCAGAACAGCAUUACUUCUCCCCUCCUCCAGUUACGCUUGACGAUGCAAAGAUGAUGAUCAAGCGGGCCCUGUCGAUGUCGUCUGCCACGGCCAGCACAGCGUGCUCGCCGCUUUCCAACUACACCGAGGACCCGCCCGAUACGGCAGAACUGAUGUUGACAGGCUGUGGUCACGACCUCCUUCGGUCCUCGUGUGAGGACGUUGUAAAAAGAGCGACGACGCGGACGCAUGAACAAGACCAUGUCGACGACUGCUCUGGAGUAGCUGCGCUGAGAGGAGGGGAGCGAGGAGCUGCAUCAUCAUUGCUCUCGAAACCUGGGGCGGCGGAAAUGGAUUCUUUGCGUCUUCCGGCUCCCGAAACAGGACCACGACAGUUGCAGGAGCAGCUCCAAAAAGAUCACAUUUGUUCCCAUGGCCGUCCUCCACCCCCUCCGAAGUCGACUACUACAACUCGUAACGCCAUCAAAGUGACCGCGCUGAGUGGGAGGCUGCUGUAUGAUUCGGAUUGGUUCAGGAAAACAAAAACCAAGACAAUAAAUUAUAUGGAGGAUCAGCAUCACGGCAACGACGAUUCUACUCUCAGGGACGAAACCGACACCACCGUCGAACAGCUUCAGGACUAUUUGCUGGAUUUGCACGGCCAGCACUUCGACCUCGCGCCUUGCUCUGGAACAUGUGCUGGUACUAGUAGUUCAUCUAACGUGCCAGGAGCGCAACAGGCGGCUGUGGUCGAGGACGUCGUGGGCAACAUUCGUUUAACUUCAAGAACAUCAUGCAGCAAUGCUAGUCCUAGUACUCAUCGUCCGGAUGAAGAUGAAGAUGCUACUUCUAGUACCAAAAACUACGACGUGCAAGCCAAAGAUGGGGAAAAAUUUUUACCGACGAAAGGGGCGCCGCAAGAUGAGCCGCUACUUUUGCAACCGCUCCAGGCCAACCAUUUUCUAUUCGAAAAGGCCGUGGAAGAAGUGCCGGACGCUAUGUUGACUUCGUCCACAACCUCCACCGACAUCGUCUACCUCACUGCGGUUGCCAAGCCGUUCGAAAGCGUGGCGCAAUUGCUCCGUGCGCUGUGGCGGCGGGAGCUCUGGAAGAAGGUUGAAAGGGUGGACGACGAGGUGGCACUAGGGCGGGAGCAGCAUGGAGAUCGGAGGUUUAUUGUUAAUAUCGAUGUCGAUGUCCACCACCACCAAGACCAGCUCCCCUCAGCCGAAGAGGUCGACGAGAAGCUGCGAACCGAGCUCGAACGGCUGAUACAAGAGUGGCAUUCGGACCUGUGGUGCGUCGAUAACAUCGGUGCCGCGAGGAGGGAGCUCUGGUUGAAAUUUCUCCAGGGGUUUCCGAUGGCAAGUGACAAUGAAGUAGAGCAGCAGCUUGUGGAUUUAACAUUGCUCGCCCUGCCGGACCCGCGGCUUUUCUGUACCAUGGGUAAAAUCGCGUCCAACCGUGUGGUGCUGGAGCUGGCAUCUUCUUCACGCAGUGAUAAGCCCGCUACAACUCGAGGAAGUGGAAGUGAAACAGGCACAGCAAUUGCAAAUAACGGAAAAAUCGCGGGAACCACUGGUGCAGCGGAGCACAAUAGAGAAGUAGAUCACGAUAAUGGCACAACAACGCAACGGCCGCGUCAAGAACGUUUUCAGCAUGAUCCUAGUCUCACCCUAGCGGGGGCACCAGCACAGGAACCCUCCGGCCUUAAAAACGAGUUCUUGGACUACACCGCCGGAAUUAUGCCAACAUCUCCAAGAGACGACAUGACGGCUCGUCGUCGGCAAAAAGAAUUUGAGGCGUUAUUCGGGAAAGCGAAAGACAACUCAAACAACCAGGAGGACGAUGAAGACCACAACGCUACUUCGUCUGCUUUUGCUGUGGACAGCCAGCAUCAAAAAGGACCAGUCGACAAGAGUUUUCUUAUCCGCGCACUGCUUUUCUCGCAACCUACUUGUGGCUCGAAGUUUGGGGUGCAGAUCCGGGCGAACGGUGACGUCGAACUACUGUGGAGUGUGGUGCAGCGUCGUCAGGCGGGGCAAGAACUGCUAGGUGGAGUGGUUAGUGGUAGGAGGGUCAUGCGCGUGUCAAACCUCUUCGGCUUGCGUGAUACUGAUAUGUAAAAUAAGUUCGGAUGGAAAUAUGAUAAGGGUGAAAAGAUGUUUCCGAAGAUGAAAAAGCCGAGUUUUGAUCUCCGCGAAACCAAAAACCAAAAAUUAGAUUAUGUAUCUACAAUAGAAUGCAAAUGAAUCAACUACGUGCAGCAAGACAGAGAGAUUACAGAUGAUCACUCUGCCUGCCUGGUAGCGGAGGUAGUUUUCGACCUAUAUUAAGACUUUCUUGCUGCAAGUAUUCGGAUUGCCAUUUUUCGCUGUCGAGAAAGAAGGUGUGUUUUUCUCGCAAAAGGGCAUAUAGAAUGAAUCGAGAACAACAAAUGUAAACAAUUCCGCGGAUCUUGUCAUCUACAUCUUCGACAGCCAGGGAAUUAUCUGGUGGCCUGCUUCGCAAGCUAUGCUGCUUGACGCUAAACGUAAACGUAAAAAACUCCUUGAAAAUAAGAUUUUGAAUUAUGCACGUAAAGAAGUACUUAGAAUAUCCCACACUGAUAAAAACUCGGCUUUGUGCAGCACUCAAGAGCGCCUAUUUCGUUGGCAUCGGAUUUACAUUUCUUCAACAAUCUUGCAUGCAUAAUUUUGAUUUCACGUAUAGUCACAAGUGUAAUUAUGUUCGUUACGCGACCUCAUCGGCGCUCCGUCAUUGAUGCUUGACUUUCGG